GAUCGAAUGCUCCACCUUGCGGAUCACUGCGAUACUUGCGCUCAGUGCUGAACUGAAAGCACCGAAAGUCGCGUUUUCAUCUUGUGGUUGGUGUUGAAUCAACACCUCGCCGCUACAAAUUGCUCAUUUCACAUUGUGUUUACGUGGUGCAUGUGCCCGAGUAGACCACAGGUCACUGUCUCUGCAAGAAAACUAUGCAGCGAUUAGGCAAUCGCGUGUGACUCCAUGCGAGCAGCCAACGUCCAUCAUGUGAAACGAAGUACGUCGUCUUGCGCUGCUGCUUCCUCAUCAGAAGCACAAUUCUGCAAGAAUUCUCAAGAUGCGGGUACGCUAAACGCGGGCACACCUGACAUCGGGAAUCAUGGAAGAUUACAAGUUUCUGUUUAAGGUGGUGCUAAUAGGUAACGCUGGUGUCGGGAAGACAUGCCUUGUCCGGAGAUUCACGCAGGGUCUAUUUCCUCCGGGUCAGGGGGCCACCAUUGGUGUCGACUUUCUCAUCAAAACUGUCGAAGUGGACGGCGAGAAAGUGAAAUUGCAGAUAUGGGACACAGCAGGACAGGAACGGUUUCGUUCCAUCACCCAAAGCUACUACCGUAGUGCACAUGCUCUCAUUCUCGUCUAUGACAUCAGCUGCCAGCCAACAUUUGACUGCUUGCCUGACUGGUUAAGGGAAAUUGAACAGUAUGCCAGCCCAAAAGUCCUACGGGCAUUAGUAGGGAACAAGAUUGACCGUGAAGACCGGGAGAUUCCAACGCACAUUGGUGAGGAGUUUGCUCGGCGGAGUGACAUGUACUUUGUGGAGACAUCGGCCAAGGAGGCUGACAACGUGGACAAGCUGUUCACCGAGAUAGCUGUGCGCCUGACGGCUGAAGCGCGGGCUACUCAUGCUCGAUACUCUGGCCGGCCAUCAUCUACAGCCGAUUCGUUGCCAGAUUUGAAGGAAGCUGCAGGAGACAAAGGGGACCACACUUGCUGCCGCAUGUUAUGAGCAUCCCAUGUCGCAUGCACAUGCCAUACUGGAACCGCCCUGGUGUUGGGGCACAUAGUUCUACUCACUUGACAGCAGUGGAGGCACCUUUGCAUGAAGGAGGCUCUUAAAUGACUGUGGUAUGAAUGAGUAUACGGUAGUCACGUUCUGGUGUCAAGCUGUGGGUCAUUUUACCUCAGAUUGGGUGCAUCAUGCCUAAGAGAGCCAUUGAAAAGAUCUAAACAGGAGACUACAAUCUGUUCAGUGGCAUAAGAAACUUUGCAUUUCUAUAUUCGUAGAACAUUAGGGUCAGCACUUCUUCACUCAACUUCGCAAUACCGACAGUCUAGCACCAUUAAAAAUUACUGCUUCCUUCUGGGUAUGGAAGAGUAUUUGCUAAUAUUGAAGCUUAUUUUGGUGAAAAGGAGCUGCCGUAGCACUUUUGCACAGUGUCCAUGGCACUGACAUUUGCCUUUCCUUUAGUAACUCACUGAGGAUGGCGAACGCCUUGCAGUCAUUGGAAAGCCUCCUUCAGCAUGCGUUGCUAGUAGUUUCUACUGAAGUUGGGACUAUGCUGCCACAACUCCUUUCCCAUUUUGCUAGUGCUGCCGCCCGUCUGUUCUUGCUCUUUUUGUGUGCGCUCAUUGCGAUGUUGAAAGUGUGUGAGUACUGUCAUAGGGUGUUUUAAAGUCGACGAAGGAUUGUUGUCAACCUGCUUCCAUUUGUACCCUUUGCUGUAAGCUUUCAUGAUGCCAGCACUACCUUUGAUCUGCAAGAAGCCUCUAUUUUCAUCUGUAAACAACAGCAGAUGAAGAUUCUGGCACAUCAACUUGGUGUAGGUGAAUUCCUGUGAUGAUUUUCUACUUUUAGUACCAGUGCAGCUUUUUUUUUUAAGCCUAAUAAUCAUGAAAGCUACUUUGCAAUGAGGAAUUUCAGCAAGCGUACUGCUUAAUUGAAUUAUCCUUUACUUUUUGACAGCAGGUUAUCAGUGGUAGUAAAGCUACCUUAACUGCUUUUAAGCACUUUCAUAUUUAUCUUGCUAGCAUUUGAUGUCAUCAGACUGCCCUUGAAAACUUUAACAUGCCACAUUUGUUCUUCUUGCUCUAAAUAUUUGCACUUUGACCUUCUGCACUAAUGGCACUGGCAUAGGACGCUGUCUUUUUUGUGUUGGUUUGUGUUGAAUGGAGGAACUAAAAGAUCAAUAAGAGAACUGGAGGCAGUUUCCUUAACAUGAUGGCUCAGAAAGUGCAGUGAAAGAAAAGAAAUAGAGAGAGAGAGAGACAAGGAAUGAAGUGUGCUGUCUUUUAAUCAUUUCACACAUUCUUCUAAUUUUUUUCAUUGUUUCGGUUGUCAUUCAAAGAUCAAAUCAGCAGUGAUUGUUGAUUGACCAGUUGUGCAUUAUGUCUUGGUUGUGUGUGCAUCUCAGGCCCAAAAGCAUCAAAAUUAUGUUUUCGCUGGUAGACUCAAUAGCCCCGCCGUGCCAGGGAGAAAUCACGAGAGGAUCUGAUGACCAUAAUUUCCCCAUUUAUUUAGCAGCUAUAUGCUUCAUUAUUGCAUUGAAAGGGCUUUAUAUCAAAGGUUGUGUUUUCCCAUGUGUUUGUUUGUUUUGGGGGUCUGGUUUUUAUUUUGCUUUUUUUUAAAUAUUUCUGGCUGCUAUGAAAAGCCCCGAAUUUCAUCUAUGAACUCAAGUGCUUUUCAGCUCUGAUCAGUGUACACAAACACACACACACUUUAUGAUUUAUUGUUUAGUUUGUUGGCUGCCUGAGUAAUUGCUGUAUUUACCUUUCUAGACAGAACUGCUCAUUUUAUCAUUCUUAGGUUGUUACAUUGAUAAUAUGCUAGAGGUGCAAAGUGUGCACGAAUGUGUUGUCUCUUAACAGCUCCGCUGUUGAUUUUCAUACCUGUGAGGUUUUGUGCUUUUCCAUGACAAAUGUUCUUGAGAAACAUGUGAAGGUUGGUAGAGACUCUCAGAAAAGGCAUUUCAAUAUUCUCGAGAAAUGAGAACUCUGCCAAACACUCCUGAGCCAAGGUACAGCAUUGAGGAAUUGUGCAGGGUUUUUUUCUUUAGUGGCUCCUAAUGAACAGGGCUUUAGAAACAGAACGUCCAGACUGGUCCAGAUCUUUAUCGAGUGAAAGAUGAGAGUGCAAGAGAGUGUGAAAGAACUGUGCCUGUAUAAUGUUCCAAAGAACAUCACUUUUAGGUGACUCAAAGAUAGCAUCUUUCUUCUUGUAGUUGUCUGCUGGAAGCCGUACAUCAAAGCUCUGCAUUUUUUCCCGACAUUACUUAUGCAGAUAAAAUAACACCAAAACUUGGUAACAUUAUGAAACAGGAAGUACUGUUGCACUAUUAAUUCUUAAUCUGCCUCUAUUUAAGUUUAAUCUCCUGGGACCACUUGUACAUUAAAUUGCACAUUGCUCUUAAUCCUUUUCAAUAUGAACUUGGAAAAAAUUACCUUAAAUAUUUAUCCUACAUGUAAAGUUAGGUGUAUUCAUUAAGUGUACAGAAGUGGUUUAAUCACAUUGUUGCCAUCAGAUUUUGAGAAAACUUGCACUAACUUGAUCUGAACCACUGUGUCAUCGCAGAGCCUAACAGAAAGCACGAAGUGUGCUUCAAGUAUUACUAAAAGACGUAAAAAUCCAGGCUGUGGCAUCAACAUGGCAACCUACCACAUGAUAUUACAUCUUCAUCUCUGUGGUUUAGGCAAAGAAAAGUAGCUUUUACUAUAACAAACAUCAGGAGAUGGGAACUUUUGGCAUCUAACUGGUAAUUCAUUAAAAAAAAACAUUUUUAACAUACAAAUCUGUAGUUAAAACCCGACUUGGAACACUAUUAUAUCCUCAAGAUGUCUUGUGGUCUCAGGAAGUUAAUGAAUUUAUUUGCAGCUUCGUGCUCAUUAACCAGCCGCUGCAUGCCACGCGCACUUGUGGCACUGCUCCUUAGAACUCCUGUUUUGUUAAAGGUGCUCAGUGUGGAUAAGGUUCCUAGACAAGUUUCAAUGUAGCGCCAUUGUCCCUUUCUCGCUGCCCUCUUGUUCACAUCCUCCUCUUGCCUGGAGUGGCGUCGAGAGGUGAUCCCUGAAUAACUGCAGAAAAUAGCACCUUUUCCUCUCCACAGUCACUCUCUUUCUCGCUCUACAUGUAGCACCAUAUGUAUAUAUAUGUAUAUGUAUAUAUGUAGUACACCCAGAAGGUUCCAAACUUCACAGCACACUUACAAAAAUAGCUUCUAGUUUGUUUUGUACUACAUUAUCAAUACUCAUUUUUAAACCGUAUUCCGUGCAGUAAAUCCUUAUUCAUGCAUAUGUUGCCAUAAACCAAACUUUGGAACCUUUUCUAAAAAAAGUGAACACCACCAUUAACCAGCUGGAAUGCCAUUUCACUGCACCAAGACAAAUGCGUGCGGACUAUCGCAGGAGAGCGUGAGAAUGAGGACGAAUGUGGCUAGAUCAAAGAAUGGCACUACCUUGAAACCUUUUAUCUAGGAACCUUAAGUUGAGGACUGUGGUUCUGUUUACCAGGUGAGCAUUACACCUGAGCAGAAUUUGUUUAAUGGUAAUGAGACUUUGAGCGUGACAGUCUUUAUGGCAGCUGUGAUAUUUUUUUAAUUUUUUUUUUUUUUGUUGUUGUGUUUGUCAGAAAAUUGUUUUAUGAGGAUCGUACCAUGCCCAGUUCUGCAAGUCCAAAAUUGAAGGCUUGUUUGCAGUUCAGAUCAACCCCUUUGUACAAGCGACUUGCAAGUCAUAAAAUUUUUUUGAGGUGUGAACAUAUAUCUGCCUUAUUUUUCAAUCACUAUUCAGUUGAGGUAGCUGGUCACGUUAAAGAUGUGUUAUAGGUGCUUUGAGUGUCUCCUUUCACGCUUUGCUCAACACCUUUACUAAUGUUUUGAAAAAGUAGUCAGCAUAUUACAUUUGACAUUUUACAACAUUACGGACAUUCCAUUGUGGCCAGCGUACCUCAUUUUUCCAGAGACUGAGACUUUUGGCACCAUUUGUUAUCGCUGCUCACUUAUUACCAUGCUGCAAUGCUUCAGUUGUAUGUGUGCUACAAACAUCUGUAUUUGCAAGUUGACCUUUAGCUACAGCAGAUUGCUGCGCAUGAAAAUCUUAGAGUAAUUUUUUUGUGUGUGUGAUUUCAACACAACUCACAUGUGUGCAGACAUUUUAGCAGGUGAUGUAUAUAGGCACCCCAUAAGAUAGUUCCUUAUGCCACUUUUCGGUUUGCUGGCCUCUAUCGCCACUGCACUGUCCAUGAAGCAAUUUAGUGACCCAAGUUAUUCAUAUUUAUUUCAAAAAUUGUCAGCCUUUAUUUGAUGAAAUAAAUAUUUUAAGUCGCUUA